AUGCUAUCAGAUAAGUAUGGCAAGGACUUGGAUGCCGACCUUAGCCUGGAGCAACGAGCCAUGAGCAUCGCCGUUCAACGUAUGGUGGAGGAGCACACCUACUUCCUUACUCUCGCCGACAUGGCCCUACAAGAUGGAGCUUUCGAAGUAUUGAAUAAGAAGUUGAUGAAUUUACCAACGGUUGCCCGAUGGAUCUUCCCGACGUUUCUGUUGCGAAGUUUCAAGGCGAUUCUGAACGGCCAGGGAAUCGGACGCCUCCCCGAAGUUGACCGGAAGCGAAGAAUGAAAGAGGAUAUCGAGGCUCUCUCGAUCAUCUUGGGAGAGAAAAAAUACCUCGUGAAUGACGAUAAGCCUUCCACUAUUGAUGCUACCGUAUUUGGUUAUUUAUGGUCGAACUUUGACACCGAUUCGGAGUUUACUAAGUACAUGUCCUGCUGCACAGAGAGUGAGAAGUAUGAUAACUUGAUGGCUUACUACACUCGGAUGCGUGAGAUGAUGCUCAAGUCCCAUGACAAGUGGGCUAUUAAGGCAUGA